ACCAAGCUCCAAUAGUAUAAUUAGUACACACACACCAUUUCUCGAUAUAAUCCCAACACCCACAUCACAACUCUCAGACAAGUUUUACUAUUCCCAAAUCAACCAAAAAACGAUGGAUUCUGAGAUCGCCGUCGACUGCUCUCCGUUGCUCAAGAUAUACAAGAGUGGCCGCAUCGAGCGUCUCAUGGGCGAAACCACCGUCCCAGCCUCUUUAACCCUACAAAACGGCGUCGUUUCCAAGGACGUCGUUUAUUCUCCCGACGACAAUCUCUCCGUCCGCAUGUACCUCCCGGUGAAAGCCGCGGAGACCGGUGAGAAAUUCCCACUCCUCGUCUACUUCCACGGCGGAGGAUUCAUCAUCGAAACCGCUUUCUCGCCGACGUACCACACUUUCCUCACGGCGGCUGUCUCUGCUUCCGACUGCGUAGCAGUGUCCGUGGAUUACAGGCGUGCACCGGAGCAUCCCAUUCCGAUCUCGUUCGAUGAUUCGUGGACAUGUCUCAAAUGGGUAUUCACCCACAUUGCCGGAUCUGGCUUGGAGAGUUGGUUGAACAAACACGUCGACUUCAGCAAACUGUUCCUCGCCGGAGACAGCGCCGGCGCGACCAUCGCUCAUCACAUGGCGAUGAGAGCUGCGAGGGAGAAAGUCAGUCCCGAGUUAAGCGACUCAGGAAUCUCCGGGAUCAUCCUGGUGCAUCCUUACUUCUGGUCGAAAACACCAAUCGAUGACAAGGAGACGAAAGAUGAAACGUUGAGGUCCAAGAUCGAAGCGUUUUGGAUGAUGGCUACUCCAAACAACAAAGACGGAGUCGAUGAUCCGUUGAUCAACGUGGUUCAGUCAGAGUCGGUGGAUAUCUCCGGGUUGGGUUGCGGGAAAGCGUUGGUGAUGGUGGCUGAGAAAGACGCGUUGGCGAGGCAAGGUUGGCGGUACGCGGCGAAGCUUAAGAAGAGCGAGUGGAAAGGGAAAGUGGAGUUGGUGGAGAGUGAAGGAGAAGACCAUGUUUUUCAUUUGAUGAGACCUGAUUGUGAGAAAGCUCUUGAGGCUAUGAAGAUAUUCGCAGGCUUUCUUAAGGGAGAGAUGUAGCAACUGUGCUGCCUGUGUAGAGAGAUGAAGAUAUAGUUUGGUCUCUCUCAAUCUCUGAAAUGUUAUAGU